GUCGCGAAGAAGGAAGCAUUUUUGUCGUUCGUGUCAUAAGUUUGCAAAUUAGUGCCGAAAAUCGUACCGAUUUUCCACCCGGAACCGUUCGAAACCGAGUGAAAGUGCAUCGCGAGUUUGGAAUGAAUGUUUUAAAUCCCAAGCUAGGAUCAAAUUCGCUAGCUAGUUGAGAUGAUUAAAAAAUGAAUGAAGGUGAUUCAGCGGGAGGGCAGAGAGGUCAAAACCUAGCCCUUCCUGCUGGGACUGACCGCAGAAUAUCAAGCAUCAGCAGUGCAGGCCAUUUGCCCGUUGGGCCUGUGGUUGCUACAUCACCAAUGUCCCGUUCGCCAGCCGACGAAAGACAGCAUACCUUUCAGCAGCUACAGCCAAUGCAGAGCACUGCAUCAGGACUCGUGAAUAAGCCACUUCAACAGCAACAGCAGCAGCAACAGCAAAACUUUACAAACAAUACAGUUAGUCUGGUUCCAGCCGGCACUGUCGGUGCUGGUGGAGCAGUGCACUACAAUCAGCAACAAUUUGUGUCAUCAACAAACAGUGGCAGUAAUGUAAUUGGUGGUGUGAGUAGUGUAAGCAAUGAAUUAAACGUUAUCGGAGCACAAUCGGUUAGUGGAGUGCGAACGCAGAGUACUGCUGUUAUAGGAAGUGGAAACAAUAACACUAGUGCAAGUGGAAUAAUAAUUGGAAAUCAAUCAAGUGGCAUUGUGAGUGUGUUUGGAAGUAACAUUGGAGCAAGCAGUGGAAGUACGUACAUUCAGACGGCUAGUGGAAUAGUGACUGGAACAAGUGCGGGUGCAGUUGUAGGCCCUGUCGGGUCAGUUCCCGUUUCGCCUACGGCCCGAAAACGUCUAAAGUUAGAGCAAAAUCCUGUGGUCGAAGUAGAACAUGACAUUUCCGCCCUCAAGAAGCUCAUUCUAGAACACAAGUAUAUGAGAUUAAGGAGCAUUAAAGAAAAGUACUCUGAACAUGUAGCGGAACUGUUUUUUCUUCAGUCCGGUGGUACUAUGAUGGAAUAUCCUGUAUGGAGAAAGAAGCCACAUACGCCAGCAUUUUUGAACUUUAUGAGAACGUAUAAGUUAGAACCAUUAUCAUCCAAUCUGGAAGAAGCAGGAGAAAUACUUAAACAGCAAUCGAACCGAUCGCUACCGUCAUCGCUGUCGACCAGCGGCGGAAGCUCGUCGUCGAACCUACCCCAAGGAGCAGAAAUUAAAAUUCCAGGUGUAGGAGCGACGCCAGUAGCCGUGUCGACGCAAUUACCAGCCGCAGUGGCUCAGCUGAGUCAGCAGGGUCACAUACCCGGAAGACCUCAGGGAGGUCGCCACGGGAUGGUCUUUGGUCAGAUUAGCGUACCAUCUGUGGUAGGAAACCCCUCUGUACCUCUGGUGCCAGGCGGCACCCCCAUUAUUCCGGAUCCGAUCGGAAUCGGAGCGACCACGACCAUCGAAAAGCGGAAGCACGUCCCAGCAACUCCCGUUGCAGCGACGGCUUCAUCAACGUUGGGAGUCUCUGCGUAUGCCUCUGCAUCAACCAGUGCAGUUCAGGUGGCAAGCGGUGGCUCUUCGGUGGCGUCCGGAAAUGGUAACAGUGGAAACUCCAAUGCCCAGCACAAUGGAACUUCCUCAAACGCUGCAACCGGUGGCAACGGUCAAGAUCAUUAUACCAACAAAGCCAAACAAGAGGUGUACGUGAUGCAGCGGAUACAGGAACUGCAGAAGGAGGGUCUAUGGAGCGAGAGACGGCUUCCAAAACUACAGGAGCCUCAGCGGCCCAAGGCACACUGGGACUAUCUGCUUGAGGAAAUGGUUUGGUUGGCCGCAGAUUUCGCCCAGGAACGAAAAUGGAAGAAAGCUGCGGCCAAGAAAUGUGCCCGCAUGGUCCAGAAGCAUUUCCUCGACAAGGCAAUGGCUGCGCAGCGGGCCGAGAAGGCCCAAGAGCAGCAGCUAAAGCGUAUAGCCGCCUUUGUUGCCAAGGAAAUCAAGAUCUUCUGGGGCAAUGUGGAAAAGCUGGUUGAAUACAAGCAACAAACCAAACUGGAAGAAAAGCGCAAGAAAGCUCUUGAUCAGCAGCUCAGCUUCAUCGUAGAUCAAACAGAAAAAUACUCUCAACAGCUAGUGGAAGGAAUGAACAAACCCAAAGCGGUGCAGGAUCGAAACACGAGCAAGGCAAACAGCUUGAGUUCAAGUCGUGUACCCUCACCUCAGCCGAAGCCGAAUGCCUCCGAUGAUGAGUUCCAGCCCGAUAGCGAAAAUUCCGAUGAUGACGAAGAAACAAUUGCCAAGGCGGAAGCGGAGGCAACCGGAACCAACGAAGAGGUGGCGGCUCUUCAGAAGGAAUCCGAAAUGGAUCUCGAUGACUUCCUGAAGCACCUGCCGAAGGAUUACCUGGAGAACAGGGAUAAGAUUAUUCUAUCGGAACCGGAGGAAAGCGACAAGGAAAGUGAAAGUAAUGAUAAGGACUUUUCGGCAGCCGAGAACAGCACUGAUGAUGAGGGUACUAUUAUGGAGCAGGAAAAACAGGAAAAGAAUCAGAAUCAUAAGCAGGAAAUCGAUGAACUGAAUGCUGAAAACGAAAUGAGUAUAGAGGAGCUGAUGGCAAAGUAUAACCGGCCACCGCCCAAGGUGGACGAAAAGAUGGAAGUCGACUCGGACGAUGGCAAGAGUGAAUCGGAAGCCGAAUCUGAACCAUCGGAGGAGGACUCUGAUGACGAAGAAUUAUCUCCAUCCGACGAAGAUAUGGACGAGCAGCAGGAAAACGACGAGGACGAGGACAUUGGUCUGAAGAACCUACUCGACGAUGAAAUGGCCGGCAAAAGUCAGAGCGAAAAGGAUGAAAUUCUGAACGAUGCCGCCGCCAUCGCCGAAAGUAUUCAGCCAAAAGGCAAUACCCUCUCGUCGACUAGUGUUGUGACACCAAUUCCAUUCCUGCUGAAGCACACUCUGCGGGAGUACCAGCACAUUGGGCUCGAUUGGUUGGUGACUAUGCACGAUCGUAAGCUGAAUGGAAUCCUGGCGGAUGAAAUGGGUCUGGGUAAAACCAUCCAAACCAUCUCGCUGUUGGCCCAUUUGGCAUGCAUGAGGGGUAACUGGGGACCUCACUUGAUCAUCGUUCCGUCGUCUGUGAUGCUGAACUGGGAGAUGGAGUUCAAGAAGUGGUGCCCCGGAUUCAAAAUACUCACAUAUUAUGGAUCCCAAAAGGAGCGUAAACUCAAGAGGACGGGUUGGACUAAGGUGAACGCAUUCCAUGUGUGCAUAACAUCAUACAAGUUGGUGAUCCAGGAUCAUCAGAGUUUUCGACGGAAAAAGUGGAAAUACCUUAUCCUGGACGAGGCACAAAACAUCAAAAAUUUCAAGUCACAACGGUGGCAACUGCUGUUGAAUUUUCAAACAGAACAACGCCUUCUGCUAACGGGAACGCCCCUGCAGAACAACCUGAUGGAACUGUGGUCGUUGAUGCACUUCCUGAUGCCACACGUUUUCCAAUCCCAUCGGGAGUUUAAGGAAUGGUUCUCCAAUCCGAUGACGGGAAUGAUUGAAGGCAACUCGGAGUACAACGAGACGAUAAUCAAACGCCUUCAUAAGGUUCUACGACCGUUCCUCUUGCGUCGGUUGAAAUCGGAGGUCGAGAAACAAAUGCCAAAGAAAUACGAACAUGUGGUCAUGUGCCGGUUGUCCAAAAGGCAACGGUUUUUGUACGACGAUUUCAUGAGUCGUUCAAAAACGCGGGAAACGCUUGCCUCAGGCAAUUUGUUAAGCGUGAUCAACGUACUGAUGCAACUCCGGAAGGUUUGCAACCACCCCAACAUGUUCGAGGAACGUCCAACCAUUUCGCCAUUUCGAAUGGAAGGGAUCAACUUCCGAACAGCUUCGCUCGUAUACAAUAUGUUUAAUUACGAUCCAUUCACGCAAGUAGACCUGUCUUCCCUGAAUCUGGUGUUGGUGAAGUUGGAACUGUUCCUAUCCGCAUACGUCGCUUACCGCUCGCAACGGUUAUGCAUGCCGAAGCGGUUGAUUGAGGAAAUCGAUUCAACACCGGAACCACCACCACGAUGUCCUACGGGUAGACUGAAGCUGCAUGUCCGGGUGCCAAAUUUGCGUGUUCAGGAAACAAUCAUCAGCAGAAAUAGUACUGGAGUUCGAGUUGGAACCAGUCCAGCCAUGAAGACUGAAGGAACGCGUUAUGUUCCGCUUGUAAAUUCUUCGCUAGUAGAUAGGAAACCUUUGAUCGAAGAGAUCAAUCCGCAACCGGCGGCAACGGUAACAGCGAUUCCGCUCGACGAUCCACAAUCGUCGGCUGUAAAUCUACGUAAACGAUGUGAUAUGAUUAGUGGUAGCAGUAGUAGCAUUAGCAAUAGUAGUACUCCUAGUAAUAGGUUCAGUGCUGGGCACGUAGCGCAAAUUGUGCAAACUUCCGCUGGAAGGCAGUUGAUUCUAACGCCGAGUAGUAGCACCUCAACUACGCUUAUGACCACCAGUGGACAACGUCUAACAGUGGUCAAUCGUAUAAGUACUCCCUCUGCAGUAAAUGUCGUUGGAAGCGUCACGCAAACCAAGGUGGCAGCCAGCAGCAACCAAAAUGUUCCUUCGACGGCAAGUCCAAUCUCAUCAACACUAGCUACUUCAAUAGUUCAACAACUUAGGCAUCAUUCCUAUUCUACUUCCGCCGCCAACUUGACACAGGAAGAGUUGGAGCAAAAAAUACGCACCGAAUUUUACCUGGCCAGUGUGGACGAGUCGCGCAAAGAACGAAGAAGUCAAAUCCUAGAGCUACUGGGACGGAUGAACCAGAAGCGAUGUGAUGCCGUUCCAAUGUAUGGCGAAGAUCUACGUGAAUCCGUGGCUGAAGCAUUAAAUGAAGGUUUCGCGGACGUGGAUGCGGUUCCAAUUAUCUCCGUAGGACCCUAUUACUGUCAGAAAGUGUGGCGCAAUGGCAGUUGGAGUCUGGCAAAGGCCAUCAAAUCCAUCGAACAGCGAGCGGAAGAAUUUCGAUCGGUGUUCAACAAUUUUGUCAUCUACGUACCUGCAGUUUGUGCUCCGGCACCAAGUAUCCAUGUAUCACAUCCCUAUCCUUCCCGGACAAAUGAGGAACAAGAUACGGAUGAAGCAAUCCAGGAAAGGUUGAAACCCGCGCUGAAGAUCCUACAUCCGAUUAUAUCGGCAAUGAGUACACAGUUCCCGGAUCCCCGUCUUAUCCAGUACGACUGCGGAAAGCUUCAGACUUUGGACCGACUGAUGAAGCAGCUCAAGUAUGGUGGUCAUCGGGUGUUGAUAUUUACCCAAAUGACGCGUAUGUUGGAUGUGUUGGAAGCAUUCCUCAACUACCACGGCCACAUAUAUCUGCGUUUGGAUGGCACGACCAAAGUCGAACAGCGGCAACUGUUGAUGGAAAGAUUCAACGGCGACAAGCGAGUUUUUGCUUUCAUUCUCUCCACGCGGUCCGGUGGCGUUGGUAUUAAUCUCACCGGGGCGGAUACUGUGAUAUUCUACGAUUCCGAUUGGAAUCCUACCAUGGACGCGCAGGCACAAGAUCGUUGCCAUCGGAUCGGUCAGACUAGAGAUGUCCAUAUCUAUCGGCUGGUCAGUGAAAAGACCAUCGAGGAAAAUAUUCUCAAGAAAGCCAAUCAGAAGAGGAUGCUCGGAGACUUGGCCAUCGAGGGUGGUAACUUUACGACUGCAUACUUCAAGAGUUCAACUAUCCAGGAUCUCUUCACGGUGGAUGUUGUGGAGGAGGAUGCUUCGACACGGUUAGCGGAGGUCAUCGACCGGGACCGAGAGCGCAAGGAAAGACUGCAGCAGAGUAUGGAAGCUGGAACGAGCACCGCCACUAUCACACCUCCAGGCGGCAGUGGUGGUACACUGGAGGAAUCGAAAUCCGCGAUAAAUGUAUUCGAAUCAGCCCUGGCAGCUGCCGAGGACGACCAAGAUGUGCAGGCGGCCAAGUUCGCAAAGGCCGAAGCAUCGGCCGAUUUGGAAGAAUUCGAUGAAAACAUUCCGAUCGACCAGGAACAACAACCCAAAGAGAAGGAACCGGAAAUGAGCAAGGCUGAGAAGGAAGUUCAAAAUCUUAUCAAACAGUUGAGUCCAAUCGAACGAUACGCGAUGCGCUUCGUCGAGGACACCGAAGGUACGUGGACGGCAUUACAGCUGAAGGCAGUUGAGGCGGAAAUCGAGCAGCAGAAACGCGAGUGGGAGGCAAACCGGUUGGCCCAGUCCAAACGCGAAGAAGAAGCCGCUCGGCAGUUGGAAGUGGAGGAGAACGAUCUUCUGACGUUCUCCCGGGAGGACGCAAGCAAUCAGAUUUGGAUAUCGGAUAACACGAUGGAAAAAAUGCCGAUGUGGUGCCCUCCGACACCGCCUCAAGAUGACAAUGACAUCUACGUGGACCAUGCGCUCGGUUUCCUGUACGAAGCGGACAUUAUUCCCGAAUCACAGCUACCACCCGUGUACGUGAAAAAGGAAUUCAAAAGAAGCCGCUCGGAGGCCGGUUUUUAUUCGGAUGGCCGCCGACCGGCCAAGAUUAGGAAAGAAGAUACAUACUAUGCCCCACGGUCCUUGUUCGAUCGUCCAUCACCGCAAAUAGCGAAGUUACGGAAGGAUUACAAACUCCAGCGCUACAAGGGCAUUAUUAAGCCCUUCCCGAUGGCGGGUCUGAAGCCAGCCCUGCCUGUUAAGCAACUAGUCGAACCGGAAGGUAUGCCUGAAUGGAUGAUACAUGAGGAUAUGGCCAUGUUGAACGUGAUCCAAAACCUACAAGGUUUGCCAUUGAACCUGAUGUUGGUAUCUCCCGGACACACUCCCAACUGGGAUCUGGUAGCCGAUAUCGUUAAUCAAAGCUCCAGAACGUAUCGUCUUCCGAAACAGUGCCGCUACCGGUACGAAGCGGUUAUCAUUCCUCGUGAGGAAGGAAAGCUGCUCGAAAGUCCAAAGAAGCAGAAAAAGAGCAAGAAUCCCCUGAAACAGCCUCCUUCGAAGGGAAUGCGAGCAAUGCGAACUGCUCAGCUUUUCACUGGCGAUGGAAACAGUUCGUUCAUCAAGCUAUCGCGAACCAAGUUUGAAAACAUCAAGCUGGCCUUCAGCAAAAAGGCACCGCAUGCCAAGCAAGUGACAGCCAACCCACAGUUGAAAAAUCCGAAACAUGCAGCAGUGCUGACCGAAUACGGCAUUACAAACUACGAUACUCCACUGACACCGGUGGAGAUUGCAACCCGUCGAGCGGAGAGAAUCUCCAAGGAAAAGCAAAAGAGUGCCGUUAUGAUGCAGGGGCAGGAACAACAACAGCAGCAGCAGCAACUAGCUCAACAACAACAGCAGCAGCAACAACAGCACCAGCAGCAACAACAAGCACAACAGGUCCAGCAAGUACAGCAGCAAAUCACCCAAUCACAGUCGACACACGACAUCCAACAGCAAGUGGCACAGCAGAUCCGGCUUCAAUCGCACACGCAGCAACACAUAGCUACUGCGGCCGCAGGAGGACAAGCAACGAUCGUCGUCUGCGGUGUAGGGACGAAUGCGUCCCAAGCGGUGGCGACACUCGUUCAGGCACCUUCUUCCAUGCAAACUGGACGUGCUCAGCCCGUGGUUAAUAUUUGUUCCAACUCCAAUCAGCAACAAAUUAUGAAGGCCAUCGUUGCCAGUCCCUCGAAUCAAAAUCUCCUGACGCAACAGUUAGCUGUUGCUCAGAACAGUCAACAGCAACAGGUUUCUGUCGUGUUAACAACACCGGUGACGACCAUUUCGGCUAAUCAACUGUCGCAGCCUCAGAUCGUGUCAAUUCAUCAAUCAACGCCGCAGAUCAUCCAGAGCACUCCAGUUGUGACGCAGGUUUCGAACUCGAUUGUACAAACUUUGGCAACGCAGUCUCUGCCCCAAGUGGUGUCUGUUGCACAGUUGGCCACAGUUGGUACUGUUAUGACGACGGGCAGUCCGAUGCAACAAUCGCAGGUCGCCACACUUACGACGUCUGCUUUGAGAGCCCAACGAAUAGUUGCUCCGCCUGGCACGCUGCAAGAAGUGGUUCUCCAUCAACGUUCGGGAUCCCAAAGCCCGACGGUGGUGAGUGUUAGCGGGUUAGGGCAAGGUCUAACGCAGGCUCAGCUACAGACAGCACAGCUUCGUUUGUCCAUGGCUGGUCAACAAGUUUCCGGUGUCGUCGCCAAAGGCAUAUCGGUGGGAACUGUUACGAGUGCGGGAAAACCAAUCAAUACAUCCCAGAUACAAUUUUACCGCCAGCAACCAAUUAGACAACAGCUUAAGGUACUACAUCCGAAUGCCGCUCAAGGAGGCACAACUGUACUCCAACAGGCCGGCGGGCAGCAAACCUUGGUCAGUCCUGCUAUUAUUCAGGGCAACAUAAUCCAAACGGGACCCGUUGGACAGACCCUACAAGUGCAAUCGGCUGGACAGAAAGUAUCAGUUGCUACGGUCAGUAGCAGUUCCGGUGCCGUCUCCACAGCUCAGGCAGGAACCAUAGCCACAGUUCAGGUCGCUGGACAGCAGAGAACACAGUUCAUCAAACAAGUCGGAACGAAACAAAUGAUCACUCGACCGGUCACUGAAAGCGAGAUGCAAAUGAUGAUGAAACGACAACUGAUCAGUCAGCAGCAUAAGCAACAGCUGAUGCCACAGACACAGAUUUUCGCUCCUGCUAACCUGCAAGUGCAGCAAGCCGGAACAUCCGGUCAGCAAAUUGCUACACUGGUGAAGACUUCGACUGGAACAGUAGCAACGGGAAUGACACUUUCACAGGUAAAACCCGGUCAACUGAAGACGAUUAGCAAUCAAAGUCAGGUUCGUCAACUUCAGCUUCAGCAGCAAAUCAUUGCUGCUCAGCGAAAAAGUGGUAAAAUGACUCAAAUUACUCAAGUAGCUGGCAAAGCUGGUCAGCCAACGCAGCUUUUCGUUCAGGGUCCUAAGAAUCUUCCUGCAGGUACCGUAACCGUACAACAAAUACAGCAAGUCAUCCGGCACGCUCAGCCAGCGUCGUUGGCGGCAGGAGGGCAAAUUGUUCUGGGUAAAACUAGCGUCGGAAGGGUCAUUCCUGUGUCCGUUUCACAACAGGCUAAUCAGAGGCAAACUAUACAGGUUGUGACUGCGACAUCGGCUGCCCAGGCCAUUGCGGCUGGCAAUAUUCGAACACAUGUUCCCACCCAGAAUAUCGGAACCAUCAAGGUGGCGGCUGGAGCCACACCCCAGCAACAACAGCAAGCAAUUUUGACCGCUUUACAAAAUCAGCAACGGCAAAAUGCUAGUCCGGUGCGGUUACAAACAUCCAGUGGGUCAUUGGUAGCAGUAACAGUCCAGCAACCCCAAACGGUGGCAACUGUUACCAGCGCAGACUUGCAGCAACAAACCCAACAGAUAGUUACCGCUGGAGGUCAGUCUCAACAGCAACAAACACAGACAGCCACGCAGCAAGUUCUACAGAUUCAAGCACAGUCGCAACAGAUUAUAACAUCAGCAUCUGCAGCACCAGAUGGUAGCACAAGCCUGUUGCAAACACAACAGGCAACACAGCAGCAAAUGCAGGCAUCUGUCACGGCACAGCAACAGGUGAGUAUGAUUAAGAAAAAACAGUCUCCUAGUGGGAAAUAGAAGGAAGUAGUUUUUUCCAUAGUUGUUCGCGUGAUUUGAUCGUGACGACUACAAUGAGUUUGAGGAGCAUUGAGCAAAUUGUCGAUGUGUUUUCAAUGCGUGUUUUAAAGUUUUGGUGCAAUAUGCAAAAGUUUUGCUAGACUGUUAGCCUAAAUUAAAGCUUCACAUCUUUCGGUUUUUGUUGACACAGUUCCUCGAUCAAGAACAAAAAACAAAAUAGCAUCUGUCUUUGUCUUGGUCUUUGCUUGUGAAACUAGUUCAGUGAAUUGUGUAAGACAAAGUGCCGAUUAUUGAACGAACUUAACAUUGUUCUUUGGUUUGGUAUUUUCUUUCUAGCCUAAGUAAAACAGCAUACAGAUAUUGACGGCUUUCCACCGUAACGAAUGGUCGCAAAAGGUCACUACUUAGCGCCUAAGUACUUUUUUUUUUUAUUAUUGCUGCACAUUGAAUUUUAUUUUAUUUAUUUUCAUGAAUUUAAUUUAAUUUGUUUUUAACCACAUGUAGGUUCAAAAAUUGUAUUUCCUGAAUUCAGUAUUCAAAAAGAUUAAAUGAACAUUGUAGUAGUACAGAAAAUAUGAAAUAACUUCUACUGUUGGAAAACCACUUCAUAAGUAGUUUAUAACAACAUAAUAGGUCAACAAGUAUUUAUCCCGAAUUCGCCAAUUAAUGGGGACUGAAUCCUGAUCUGAAGUUAAUCAACCUUUAGUCCAUUAUAUUUUGAGAUACUUUUGUCAAUAUUUAAAAUUAACUUCCCUGCCAUCGUGAAAAUUGCGACCACCUAAAGGAUUUCUAACUUCCGAUUUGAAUUCCGUGAUCCCGAUGCAUCAUGCUGUGAUCCUUGGACAAGGGUAAGUUUUGUUGCCCUUUCUAUUUGUUCACUGAACUCAGUUGAGGUAUAAUAACUAUAGUUUCUUUUUGCGAAACACUUAAACAAGGGCACUAGAUUAAGUUUAUCCCUAGAUUUGGCUAGAAUAAGCUUUAACUUCUUACUUUAGUGUGAGCAGAUCGAUCUUGUAUGGGAUAUACGAGUUCUAUUAAACUAUUUAAUCAAAGCUGAUUCUUGUAGUACAUAGAACAUAAAAGUAUUAUCAGUAUCCACUUCAAAUAUAAAGCCAACAAACAACUCAGCAAAA